CACCACCAUAAACGGUGCAGGCUCUCGUCUCUGAAUCUUUGUGCUUCAUGUUCACAUGUCACUAUCUGUUGGCGGGAAUGGACCAGAACUCCAAUUGGCCAACGAAAAGGAGAUAGCCAGUAAUCUGAAUACAGACGAGGAUUCGCAAGGCCACGAGAGCGAUUCCAGUGUUCAGGUGGGAAAUGACGGAGAUUCCGCUGGAGGAGAAUACCUAGAUGACAAUGCAGUAGAGGAAGAGGAAGAGGAGGAAGAGGAAGAGGAAGAAGAAGAAGAGGACGAGGAGGACGACGAAGAACCCGCACUGAAAUAUGAACGAAUAUCCGGUAAUCUACCUGACAUAUUCAAGAAGGAUUCAGGUUCAGCUAUUGCUAUGUCCAAGAAAUACAUGAUCCUUGGAACACACACCGGUUUCCUUCAUUUGUUUGACCUCUCUGGGAAGCGUAUUAAAUCGUUUAAACCACACCAGGCUUCUAUUGUGGACAUAUGCGUCGACACUACUGGAGAUUUCGUUGGAACUGCUUCUAUGGACGGUCAGGUCGUCAUCGUGUCGCUCGCCUCGACUAAAGAAACUUACUCCUUCGAUAUGCGAAGACCCAUGAAGACCAUAGCGCUUGAACCUAACUUUGGAAAGCGAAGUACGAGGGGAUUUGUAUGUGGUGGUCUCGCAGGCGCUCUAGUUCUGCGCGAGAAGGGAUGGCUUGGACACACCGAGACUACUCUCCAUGUCGGCGAAGGUCCCAUUUGGCAGGCACGCUGGCAAGGUCGACUCAUUAGCUGGGCUAACGAUCUCGGAGUGAAGAUAUAUGAUACAGAAUCACAAACGCGAAUCACCUUCAUCGAUCGACCUCCUGACAGUCCACGAGCCGAUCUCUUCAAAUGUUCUCUGUAUUGGCAGGAUGAUUCUACCUUGUUAAUAGCAUGGGCAAACCAUAUCAAAGUGGCACGGAUUCGCGCACGCCCUCGAAACGUGACGGUUUCGGAAUCAGCAAACUUACCCCCUCUACUGGUCGAGAUUACUGCAGUAUUUCAAUUGGAUUGCAUGAUAUCUGGUAUCAUCCCACAUCCCACCCAGCUAUCGUCCGUUCCCGUAAUGCAGAGCCGACCUGCUUCCAUCGUGUCACAAGGCUCUUCUAAGCGGCAAUCCCAUGCUCCCCCUCCCUCUCUCACGUCUUUUCUUCUUCUGGCAUAUACGCCUCCAGACGUAGACUUUGAAGAAAAGACCGAAGACCGUGCUCGCCAGGCGCGCAAAGUUGCUGAACGACCAGAGUUACGUAUCAUAUCUCGCGCGGGAGAAGAGUUGGCUGCGGACGCACUCAGUGUUGCGAAUUUCCAGAAGUGGGGUUGUAACGAUUACAUCCUGCUAGGUGUCGAUGAAAAUAAUGAGAUGGGUAUACACGGACGGUCUUACGUCGUCCUGAGUCCGCAAGAUAUUAUCCUUGUGCGACCUCGGGAUCGAAUAGAUCACGUCUCGUGGCUAAUGGAGAGACUACGGUACGAAGAGGCUUUAGAGGAGAUAGAGGCCAUCGAAACUGAAGGUCCGGCUCCGGAGAUGGUCAUAAAUGGGGCCAAGAUGACGACUUCAGGUAUUGGUUUACGCUACGUUGAACACCUCCUUAGCGAGAGAGAAUACGCGAAAGCAGCUCGAUUAUGUCCGAAAGUUUGUGCGCGUGAUCCCAAAAGAUGGGAGCAUUGGAUUUUUGUAUUUGCCGAGAAGCAUCAACUACAGGCCAUCAUCCCAUACGUUCCCACAGAAGAGCCUCGUUUAGAACAUCUGGUUUAUGAGAUGAUGCUCGCACACUUUUUGGCACAUGAUCACCCAACUCUUCUCAAAACGAUCAAGGAAUGGCCGAGGGACAUUUACGACAUAGCGGCUGUGAUAAUAGCAAUCCAGGCUGAGUUGACCAAAGCUGGGAACACGGUUAUCUUAAUGGAAUGCCUUGCCGAGUUGUAUAUUGCUAAUCGUCAACCCGGGAAGGCAUUGCCUUACCUUCUGCGCCUACGACGCCCCAACGUCUUUGAUCUCAUCCGGGAAAAUAAUCUUUUCACGGACGUGCAAAGUCAGGUUCUCUCACUUAUCGAGUUCGACCAGGAGCUGAGGGAGCAACGGCGUCGGAGUCGAGAAGAGAAUUCCGAACCGCCAGAGGAGGACGGGGAGAGAAGUGAGGCUAUAGAGCUAUUAGUAGACAACGUGCACUCCAUACCGAUAACCAGAGUUGUGCAGCAGCUUCAAACAAGCCCCAAGUAUCUUUUUCUGUAUCUUGACGCGAUCAUGAAAGUGGAUCUCCAGUUACUCGCCGGAUUCCCCGAUCUGCAGGACCUACAGGUCAAGUUAUAUGCAGACUAUGCUCGUCCAAGGCUUAUCGACUUUCUGAGAGCAAGUACUGAGUACGAUUUGGAAAAGGCGUAUAAUGUCUGCCAGGACAGAGACCUCGUUCCGGAGAUGGUGUUCCUUCUAGGUCGUAUGGGCAACAAUAAAAAGGCUUUGACUCUGAUCAUUGAACGACUCGGAGACGUCCAUAGGGCGAUAGAUUUCGCCAAGGAACAAGCGGAUGAUGAUCUUUGGGAAGAUCUGUUGAAAUAUUCGGAGACGCGUCCAACGUUCAUCCGUGGUCUUCUUGAGAACGUUGGGCCGGAGAUAAAUCCUAUCCGUCUCAUCAGACGAAUCAAGAAUGGACUCGAGAUUCCCGGACUGAAGGAAGCGCUGAUCAAGAUAUUGCAGGACUUCCAUUUGCAGAUAUCACUGUUGGAAGGUUGCCAGACCAUACUCGAUGGAGACGGCUCAGAUUUUUCAAGGAAGCUGCAAAAGGACCAGACGGGUGGAUUCCUACUGAACGCAAAAUCUAUCUGUCCAAUAUGUUCUCGAACUUUACAAGAGGUUCCGCAGGGUCUCGUCAUAUUAUUCCUAUGCCGGCACACUGUUCACGCAAGCUGCGUCAUCGGCGGGGAUUCCCUACCGCAACAACCGGAUGCUCUGUUGCGAGAAGCUGGGCUCUCUUCUGGUCGAGGUCUGAGCGGAAGGAUAGCUUUCGAAUCCAUAGUCAGACCAAAGAUCAAACAGGGCUGCCCGGUCUGUCACCAGAGAAGCGAGGGAAUUUAAUGAUACUAAGUAGUUGCAUUAAGUCUAUCCUUAUACCCGCCUGAGAACUGGAUACCCUACUCCCGGUCUUCACGACUAUA